AUGGCAGUAUAAUAGCAGUAUAAAAGAAAGAAAAAGAAAGAAAAGAUAAAGGGUUAGGAGGGGUUUGUGCUCUUUAUGCAAAAAAGCAGAGAGGCCUCCUGAGACAUGUUGGAUGCUAUAAGAACACUAUCAUAAUGAUGACCCACAGUUCCUCUAAAACACAUAUAGUGAUUUCUCUCGCACAUUAAAUGAGCAACAAUGGUCAUUUCACGGUGCAUCACAGAAGGUCAAUAAAGGAACUCUGCCUAAUGCAAAAUGGAAAAUGGGACAUAUUUUUACUUCAUGUUGUUUGAAAAUCUUGGGUACAUAAGAUAUGGUUUCUUCAGUUUAGGAUUUAUGCUGUACUGUGCUAUCAUAUUAUUUAAUGUCCUUAUAAUGCUUGCAAUAUUUCUGGAAAGGACUUUACACCAGCCCAUGUAUAUUCUUAUUUUGUGUUUGUCUGUCAACUCUAUGUUUGGAACAGCUGGCUUUUUCCCAAGAGUACUGACAGACUUGCUAUCUGAUACACACUCAAUCUCUCUUGAAGCAUGUUUCUUACAGAGUAUUGUCAUUUUCAUGUAUGCUGCAAAUGAAUAUAUGAUAUUAAUGAUAAUGGCAUUUGACAGAUUUGUUGCAAUCUGUAAACCCUUACGAUACCACAACAUAAUUACACCAAGGUUUUUGACUGUUUCAGUAGUUAUAAACCUGGCCUAUCCAAUGAUUUUACUUGCUAUAAAUGGUUUUUUAAGUACAAAACUGAAAAUGUGUGGUAACAAAUUAUUUAAAGUGUACUGCCACAACUAUGAAGUAGUCAAGCUUUCUUGUGAAAAAACAAUAAUUAAUAAUGUUUUUGGCUUGGUUAUAUUAAUCACAACUACUAUAAUACCUUUAAGUUUAAUAUUAUAUUCAUAUGUAAAAAUUAUUAUCAUUUGUCAAAGAAGCUCAGCACAGUUCAAGAGCAAAGCGUUUCAAACUUGUAUUCCACACAUAGUGGUCCUUUUGAAUUUCUCAAUUGCUAUUAUUUCUGAGGUCACUUUGAGUCGAAUUGUGAAUUUAGAACUUCCUACAGGGCUGUCAGUUUUCCUUUCACUGGAGUUUCUUAUUAUACCACCCAUCCUGAACCCCCUUGUUUAUGCUUUAAACCUUCCUGAUAUUCGCAAAAAAAUUAUUUGUCUUAUAAACCCCUUCAGGUAGUGUCACAAGUAUGUUCUGUUUUUCCCUUUGUGUCUGCCUGAGUUCCAGUUUGUCUCCUAGAUCACCAAGCAGUUAAUCAUUCUGUGCAAGUGUUUUGUGUUAAUGAUAACUCCCUGCAUUUAUAAGCCCUGUGUUUCCUUAUUGUCCUGUCUCAUUAACUCAUUGUGGUAGUAUUCUGAGUUCUCCUACAAUUUUUCUGUUUAUCCAUUGUGGAUUUAAUGAAGACUGCUUUGUGUUAUGCUCCUACGUUUCGUGUGAGGGGUAGGAUUAGCGGUAGGGUUAGCAUAAGGAGAGUUUGUACAAUAUAAAAUAGUUUUAUCUAUGGAAUGUCCCCAUAAAACAUGAAAACCAAAUGUGUGUGUGUGUAUACUUUAACCAUGUAGCUCUUUAUUAUAUUUACUUUACAUCCAAUAUUGUGAAUCUGACUGUCCUCUAUAUGUACUAAGGUUAUUAUGUCUCCCUGCAUUCUGGAAGGAAACAAGAAAUGAGCACAAAAAUGAAUCCAGCUACUUUGUUUGUUAUAAAUUGACAUGAGCCUCCCCUUUAAAUUAUGCAAUGCUUUCUUAAAGCUGCAUUCCCCCAUUUUUCCUCUUUGUCUUCUGUUUGAAAACUGCGAUUGCAGUCAUAUGCGGAAUAGUUAUCGUUUCGUGCGUUGUGCAUCAGCACGACUCCUCAGCGGAUGAAUCUAAUGUUUGCUGUCAGUCAACGCGCCGGUGUGGAUACUGUGCUUCAGAAUCACAGAUUCUACGUCUUGAACGUAAGACCAAUUUAAGAUUUUUCACUGGAAAAUAUCAUCUGAAUAAGUAAGUAACAUUUCUGCCACUUUUGUUCUGACCAACUGAGGAAAAAAGCAUUAGGCCUACAAUAAAUCGCGCUGCCAAUGAUGAUUAAAUCUAACGAUAGCUUAGCUUGGAUCACGCCAAACCGUGAAAAAUAUUAUUACUGUUAUACUUUGUUCUCAAUGGUAACAACAUCAGCAUUGUCUAUCCCUAACUAUCCCUGCGUCUCACUCAGCUCCCUAGCUCCCAAGGUCGUGAAUCAGUAUAUCAUGUAAAUAAAUGAAUGUGGCCGAUUCACCUCUAGAGGCGUAAUAAAAACUAACACUGAUGUCUCUAAGAGUUUGUUUUGACACGUGACGUGAGGCUGCGCACUGCACAAAGCAGAACACUUCAAAAAACGGAUUUAAAACCAACAACAAAAUGGCAUGUUAGGCAUUGUACACUACAGUACAUGUUUUCAUAUCAUUAUAAAGUAAUUAGUUUGUUGACUAGAUGCUGCAUUAGAGGAGAACAGCAGUAUGUUUGCCGUCGAGGCUGGGAGGAUGCUAACAUUGAAUAUAUUUCUGAUUUGUUAUGUUUCUGUCGCUGUAUGAUGUGAAAACAGUUUAAAUAUGAAACUUCGCUGGAUAAUGAAUACAUAACAGCGAACAAAUGGAUAUAAACUAAUGCAAAUAAAUGGUAACAAUCGUGACAUUAAACAGUUGGUGUUUUUGUCACAUUGUUUUAACCGCUUGAGGUACUACUAAUUUCAAUUCUUUUUUAUUGGCACUGUAACACAUAUUUUGAUUAGAUAAUCAUCAAGUUUUCUCAAAUAAAGGCAAAUAAUGUGUUAAAGUAUAUAUAUAAUAGCCCUAUGU